CAGGGAAAGAUGCACUCCUUCCUGCUGCUCGGCUGUUUUCUCCUCGCCACCACAGAGUACUUCCUUGGCUCCGCCCACAUGAUCCCUGACGAGAGACUCCCCACCAAUAAGGUCAUGGUGUCGAACAUCGUGUCUCAAAGCCUCGACGUCGCCUCACCCCCUGUCCUCAUCAUCGAGUUACCCAAAUCAGUCAAGAGCAAGAGAGCAAAGAAACAGAAGCAAAAGAAGAAAAAACUGGCCAGGCGGCCGCGCCCCCCCGCCAACUGCGUUCCCUUGUGGGGAAGCUGCAAGUCCUCCGGCAAUGUGUGCUGUGACUUCUGUGCCUUCUGCCAGUGUCGCCUCUUCAGAACUGUGUGUAUCUGUCGAAUGGGCAACCCCCGCUGCUGA